GUCGAGAAACUUUACGAUCGAAUUUCUUAUUUUCGGAGAGCCUGUCAAAUAUUUAGUUCCAGGGAUCUCUUUUAAUUUGGUGAGGCUGAUGAACAAGUGAAAGGCAGCUUGCUGCCGAAGUGCCCGCAGAAUGGCAGCCAGCUCGCUGCAAAUCACGCGGCGGGAAGAUGGCAGCUACCUGUACGAGUUCACCAGCCACAGCCAGCACAUCCUGCAGACCCUCAACGAGUGCCGGCAGUUCCCCCGGCUCUGCGACUGCACCGUGCUGGUGGAGACGCGCACCUUCCACACGCACAAGGCGGUGCUGAUUGCCUGCAGUGACUACUUCAAGAGCUACUUCACCACCACCCUGCCGGACAUCUCUGGGGCCGGCCAGCCAAUCGUCCUGGACAAUGUCAGUGCCAGGGGUUUCCAUCUUCUGCUGGAGUUUGCCUACACCUCCCGGAUGUGCCUGACCAUGGCAGUCAUGGAAGACGUCCUGUCGGUGGCCGUCAAUCUCAAGGCUCCCUCCGUCCUGGAGGCCUGCUGCGAGUUCCUCAAGUCUCAGCUGACUGGCGACAACUGUGUUGACAUCAUCUCGGUGGCUGAGACAUUUAACCUGACGGAGAUCAAGCGACAGGCCAACAGGCUCAUGUGUGAGCGACUCAUCGAGCUGUCGCAGACAUACAAGAAAGGCAGUGGGCCAUUGCUACCAGAGAGUAAAGAGGAACUGGAAAAUCUGAUAAGUGCCAACAAGGAUGCCCUGGCUGCCUUUGAAGUUCCUCAGCAAGACCUUCAUCAACAGGAGAGCUGUGAUAGUGAGAGCGAGGACAAUGGUGGUGGUGAUGGUGAUGGUGAUGAGACGGACAGCUCAUGCUCAGACACGUCUCCCAUGAUCGCCGACAGACUCCGCCCCCGAGUGCAAACCCAACCCCCAAACUUAGACCCUUCUAGAGACAGGACACUGAAGGUGGAGACCAAAGCGGCGCUGAAGAGCCCCGUGCCACGGUCUCUCAGGCAGCUGCCACGCAGGCGGGGCCGACCCCGCAAGAACGAGCAGGUGCAACGCACGACCAGAAUACGCAAGACACUCCGCAUCAAGCGGGGGACCUUCACCAUCGCCAAGACCCGGAAGGAGUACGUCUGCCGGUUCUGCACCCUCAAGUUCAGCAAGCUGCGGGACCUGAGGCAGCACUACGUCGGGGAGCACAGCCAGUGCAACCGGUGCACCAAAGUCUUCCGCACGGACAUGGAACUGGACCGCCACUUAAUAUCCCACCAGAGGCGCGACACGGCCCGCGGCCCCCGCCGGUACGUCUGCACGUUCUGCGGCAAAAACUGUGGUUACUCGUCGGCACUGAAGAUCCACGUCCGUACCCACACAGGCGAGAAGCCCUUCAAGUGCGACCUGUGCAGCGCCCGUUUCAUCCAGUCCAUCAACCUCAAACGACACGUGCUCACAAACCACCAGAAGGACACCCCCUACGCAUGCAAAUUCUGCGACAAAAAAUUCAGCGUGUUUGUCUACCUGAAGAGUCAUGAGAUCACGCACAGCAGCGAGCGGCCGUUCCAGUGCGAGACUUGUGGAGCCAUGUUCAAGCGUAAGAGUGACCUCCGUAGCCACAACAGGGUGCACAGCACUGACAAGCCGUUCACUUGCAACAUCUGCCUUGCCAAAUUCAAGACCACCAACGAUCUCAAGACCCACUCGCUGAUCCACAACGACACCAAGCCGCACACCUGUGACAAGUGUGGGGCCAGCUUCAAGCGGACGGGCCACCUGAACAGGCACAUGAUGAUCCAUAGCAAUAACAAGCCUUACCAGUGUGAGACGUGCGGUGCCCAGUUCAACCGGAAGGAGAACCUGCGUAGUCAUCAGCGCAUCCACAGUGGUGAGCAGCCGUACAAGUGCAGCCUGUGUGGAGCUAGCUUCCGUCAUCUCAGCAGUAUGAAAAUACAUGAGAAGAAUCAUUGGAGCCAGAGAUCGGGUGCCCCAGAGACUACCAUCAUGAGCCAGCAUGAUGGUGGCUCCUCCCUCCAGCACAUCGCUGCCCUCAUGGGCCUACAGGGUCUCAACAUGCCGGUCAACCUGCAGGUCAGCACGGACGGCCAGCCAGCAGUGGCUCAACUGGCCAUGCCGCAAAACCACGCCUCUCCUAACCCUACCCCACCCCUCCAGUCACCCAGCCCCCACACCACAAUGAGCCUGCACCCCCAGCAGCAGCAGCAGCAGCAGCAGCAGCAGCAGCAGGCCAACCCUGCAUUGCAGCAGCUGUCCCAGUCCACCCUGUCCAUGCACCCACCGACGUGCAUCUCCACGCUGACGUCGCCCAUGCAGUCGCCCAUGCCCAUGGCGAAUGCCACCCGCUCCCCUAUGCCCCUCGGCCCCGUGCCGUCCCCCUCCCCCCACAACCACAUGCAGACCCCUAUGUCCCCCGGCGUGAACCAAGUGCAAGGCCAUCAUCAAGUCCACAAUUUGCAAGCGUACAUGAUGAACACAGCCACGAUGAUGUGAAGAACUGCCGUCCAAUCCAAGCCACUAGUAUGCCAUAGUUUCUUUGAAUUUUGUUUCACACAAGUCUUUUACCUCCGAGAAGUUACUCACAUUGUUGUCGCUCAAUCGAAGAAUCCAAUCCAAGAACCAUUACAACUUCGAGACCAUUGUGUAGGCCAUUCAAAAGUGCACCCAAUAAUGUUUCAUUAUAAGGUGUGAAACCAGUUUGCGUUGAAAUUGUAUACGAUUAUUUUGACAGAGUGCGUGCAAAAGUGAAGCGCACCGUGUGACAUGUAGAAGGGUGUAAGUGCAGGAUGAAACACAAGGGUGCACUGAGCUCGUCUACAGCACUUAUUAAAAGUACGAAGUAAAUGUUUGGUUUUAUACAAAUACAGCAUGGUUUUAGGGGAAGUAGUGGGAAUUACUGGUCCCGAGGUUAAGGUCAGCUUG